UUCCUUUGAACCUUUUUUUUACUUUUACAGAACAUCCACAUACAACACACAAUGGCCGACUCCGACAAGCUUCGUAUGGCAGCCCGCGCCGAGCAAGACCUUAACUCAUAUCAAAUGAAGCAAGGUCUUGGACCGAAGAGCGACUCUGUUCUUGAGUCCAAUAUCGACGAAAGGGCGGAUAAGAAAUUCCGUGAAGCAACGGGAAUCAAAACUGGUCGAGAGGCAGGCGCAACAGGGAGCAACCGGAAACCCAUCCCUGAAGAUGAGGGAGGCACCCGAGACUCUCGUGGAAGGUUGGCACCAGCUGGCGAAUAUGAAGGCACCGGAGGCCCUGAGGAUAAAGUAAAGCUCGAAUCGGAACGCCGUCCGGGUGAUCAAGACACACUUAACAUUCAGGAUCUGAAGAAUAAAGGACUUUCUCGGUAAAGACCUAUGAUGGAAAGCCUCCGAGCACUAGGGUAUAAUAGUUAGCAUAUUUAGGUUGUGAUAUAAUAUGAGGUGGUUAAUCUAGACUCUGCCCUAAGGAUGAGCUAAUUAGCUAUCACCUAAUUAAAGGAAGGGAAUGGUCUUGAAGAGCCUAAGCGUUAGAACAAAAAUAUACAAGGAAGAAUUGGAUAGGCA